AUUCUUCAUGCGCAUGUCAUGCUGUGUGCUCGAAACGACUGGCGGUGCGAGAUAAAACCUGCCCCCCUCAUAACAGGACACAGAAAAAGCCAAACAAGUGUGAUGUCUGUGGAAAGGCCUUUCACUCAGACAUGUGGACUACAGAGCCACGUCCAGACUCCUUCAGGAGUGAAGCCCUAUUCAUGUGAUAUCUGUGGCAAGGGAUUCCAACACACAGGUAACUUAAAAACACACAUCAGAACACAUACUGGAGAGAAGCCAUACAAAUGUGACGUCUGUGAUAAGGGGUUUAGUCAGACAGGUAACCUACAGGCACACCUCAGGACACAUACAGGAGAGAAGCCAUACAAAUGUGUUAUCUGCCAUAAGGUCUUUAUUUCAUUAGGUAGCCUUCUGUCACACAUCAAAACACAUACUGGAGAGAAGCCUUACAAAUGUGAUAUCUGUCAUAAGAGGUUCCGUCAGACAUGUAACUUAAAAAUGCAUGUCAGGACACAUACAGGAGAGAAGCCAUACAAAUGUAAUGUCUGUCCUGAGGCGAUCAGUCGAGCAGUUAAUUUACGGAGACACACGAGAACACAUACAGGAGAGAAGCAGUACAAAUGUGAUGUCUGUGGUAAGGGGUUUAGUGUGAAACAAAACCUACAGACACACCUCAGGACACAUACUGGAGAAAAGCCAUACAAAUGUGAUGUCUGUGGUAAGGGGUUUAAUCAGACUGGUCACCUACAGACACACCUCAGGAAACAUACUGGAGAAAAGCCAUACAAAUGUGAUGUCUGUGGUAAGGGGUUUAAUCAGACUGGUAACCUACAGAGACACCUCAAGACACAUACAGGAGAGAAGUCGUACAAAUGUGACAUCGGUGGUAAGGGGUUUAAUCGGACUGGUAACCUACAGACACACCUCAGGACACAUACAGGAGAUCUAGAGAAGCCAUACAAAUGUGAUAUUUGUUGUAAGAGGUCCAGACGUAAAAGUGACUUAGAAAAACAUGUCAGGACACAUACUGGAGAAAAGCCAUACAAAUGUGACAUCUGUUGUAAGGCAUUCAGUCAAUCAGGAAGCCUACAGAAACACCUCAGGACACAUACUGGCGAGAUGCCUUACAAAUGUGACAUCUGUCCUAAGGCGUUCACUCGAUUAAGAACUUUACGGACACAUCUCAAGAAACAUACUGGAGAGAAGCCAUUCAAAUGUGAUGUCAAUAGCAAGGAAUGUAGUCCAGCAAGUAACCUAAAGACAAACCUCGGGAGACAUACAGAAGAUAAUUGAACCAUACAUAUGUCUUUGUUUGACAAACUGUGCACAUUUAGAUGGCUAAUUAACACAUUUUCGUAAUCUGUCUUGAAUGAGACGUAAUUUGGUAUAAAUUGAUGUCAUCUGCCUUAGGCCUAAAGGUAGGACAGCUCACAAUCAUUAGAUGGUGGACUUUCAAAUCGCCCUGUUUUUGUGGUCAUUCAACUGUCCGUCCAUCACUCUGUCUGAUUGUACUCACUCAUCCUUGUGGGGUGCAUUCAUAGAUUAAUUGCGUCAAAAUAUCUUUGUUGCCUAUAGUAGACGAUUUUUAAGGUAAUCCUAAGCUUGUUAUCAUUGAUUAUUGAAGAAGAGUUGCUUGGAAUAUCAAUUGACCAAAGAUUAUGAUGGUAAAUGUGUCAAAGUUCAAGGCCAUUCGGAUCCCAAGGUCAAGGACAAAUUUGAUCUCAGAGGCCCUGGAUUUGAUAAAACAUAUAAUAUUAUAUGAGUAAUAUACAUUUACAUUUCGAUUUAUGGAGGUUGAAGGAAACGAGUGAUAUCAAUUGAUACUUUUCACUUCCUAUAUGUAAUUGCUUUUGAAGUCCAAAUGUCAAACUGAACCUCAGUGAUAUGGACAGAUUUCCUCUUGAUGUCUGAUUUGGAUGUAUAGCCACACGAUGGGACACAUGCUGACCUGUUCCUGCUCUAGUUUUCUAAUAAUCUUCAAUUAUUUAUUAGCUCUCCUGGUCCGAAGGACCAAGGUGAGCUUAUAAUGCCAUACCGUGGCGUCCGUCCGUCAACAAUUAACUACUUCUUCAUAACUACUGAUCUGAAUUUGACCAAAUUUGGUCAAAAGCAUCCCUAUGGGGUGGGGACUCAAAAUUGUACAAAUGGUGAGGCUGACCCCCCAGGGGUCUUAGGGGCGGGGCCAAAAGUGGUC